AUGCAUUCUAGCAGGGAUCUACUACCGAGACAAGCAGCAUCGGUAGAUCACCCCAGCGACAGUCGAGCUCCACACAUCCUCGCCAUUAUCGGAUCCCUGACAGGUCUAUCGGGCUUACUGGUCGCAUUACGCUGCUAUGUACGCCUCUUUGUCCUCCGCAAGUUUCUCCCAGAUGAUGGAGUAAUCGUUGUAUCCUUGUUAUGCGCCUUCGGGGUCCUAGCUUGCUUCGUUGGCGAGUCACACCAUGGAGUCGGCCUCUAUUCCGAUGACAUCAAGUCGGGAGAUUUCCAGAUCCUCAGCGAGUACAUGUUCUACCACGCCAUUGUCAUCGUGCUUGGUAUAAGUCUGGUCAAGGUUUCGUUGGCGCUCUUCUUGCUCCGGUUCGCUUCGCCCAACAAGAGCCUGAAACGGUUCAUUAUCGGAGCACUUGUGUUUCUUAUUAUCUUUACCAUUGCGUGUAUCUUGACGUUGAUCUUCCAGUGUCUUCCGGUUCGAGCGGCAUGGGAUUUCUCGCUAAGACAAAAUGCCAGGUGUUACUCGAUGAAGACUUAUCUGUCAAUUGGAGAAUUCAAUAGUGCAAUCAACAUCGCGACGGACUUUGUAUUCGCGACACUACCCGCAUUCAUGUUCUACAAGGUUCAAGUAAACAAACGGACCAGGGUCUCGUUGAUGGGUAUCCUCAGUCUUGGUUAUUUGUGUGUGGUUCUCUUCUUCAUGAACCUUAACCUAUCUAUCUAUACCUUCCAGCUAACCAAAGAGACUCACAGCGCCUGCGCAGCCGGAAUUGUGAAGACCGUUCUCCAGAGCCAAAUCUUCGAUGAGCCAGAUCCAUAUCGUGAAUGCCAAUACCUCAUUUGGAAUUGCAUCGAGCUAAAUGUCGGUAUCAUUGCCGCGUCGUUCCCGACUAUCAAGCCCCUCGUGAAAUCUGUCAUCGGGACAACGCUGAGUUUCACCAGUGGUGUACGCAGCGGGAAACGCAACGGACAAGGAUAUCAUGGGAGGUCGAGUUAUAUUAUGCAUUCGCUCCAGCAGAACCGGACCGUGAAUGAAGACCAGAAGUAUAGUGUUCAGAUCGGGACCCUUGAUGAAUCUGAUAGGGGGAGUGAAGAGAAUUUGACUCAGCGACCUCGUCGUGGGUCUCUAUCGAGGAUAAUACAGACUACGGAGGUAAUUGUACAUAGUGAGGAAAGUGCUGAUCUUGGGGUUAUGAGGAUUGGACCGGCGAGGACUGUUGAUGAUCGUGUAUGA